UCCUAUCAAAUACGGUGCUAUCAAAUUCGGUGUUAGUGUUUUGUAUUAAUUUUAUUUUUGUAAUUUUCUUUCAUUUUCAAUUUAUUUCUACCACAAGUAGGAAGAAAAUGCAAGAAAAUAAAAUUGAAUCCCCAAUUUUUAUAAACGGGAAAUAGCACGAGUACCAAAUUGCAAUAUCAAAAAACAUGAAGGAAAUUUCAAUAAUUCUUCGUUUGAUUCUGGUCUUUUUGGAUAAUUUCUGGCCUUUUCCAUUUUCCGUCCUAUUUUCCUUUUCUUUCCCUAGCGAAAAGCCCGGCCCAAACAAACCGGCACCAAAUUCUCGCGGGUUUGAAUCCGACUCCAGGUUUUGCCCACUGUAGUCCAUGGAGAAGAAAAAUAGAAGCAUACAAGUCGAGUGCCCUAAGCUGUUGAUCAGCCGGAACGAAUCGGAUCUCCAACGGCUGAUCGGAUGCCCUUUUUUCCCUUCCACUUACCAUUGUCUCCACCUUCAGAUGCCUCCAAUCCAAUUCCUCCGGCCCGGAUUUCAACAAGUUUGUCUCACUCGCUAUGCAUUUUCUUCUAUCAGCUAUGGAGGAAACUAGACUUCGAUUGUGGAUUUCAAGCUAGAAAUACUCUGUUACGCAUUCCAGGGCAUCCUGUUGAUGCAUGUCAUUUCAAAUUAAUAAUCCCUGGGUUAAUUGACCAGUUAAAUUCAAUGAAGAAGAUGACCUUGCCUAAUCUGUUAACACAACAUCUACAGGUAAUUGUUUACGUAUCAAAUUAUGUCACGGUCUUCAUGACUCCAUAUAUCACCUUCAGAAAGAGGUAUACAUAAGGUUUUCUUUCUCUCCCCCUGCUCCCACCUUGCUUUCCCUGUUGCUGCUCCAUUACAGUGUUCUCUGGUUUAGUCGUUACUGAUAGGCUGUGAAAUUUUUGGUCAUAAGUUCUCCCUUCUGGUUGUCCAAUGAUCUAAUUCAUCAACUUAGGUGCAUGGUUCCACUUUGACCAUCUUUC